CAAAAGCUAGACGUAUUAUUCUUUUAAAAAUGGCCACAGCAAUUGCCAACAAUGACAAAAUCGUCUAUUACAAUGCCAAAUAUUUAUAUAGUUCUAUUUCUUCAAUUAACGAAAGGAAAAAAAUGCAUGGGGUCAAAAGAGUGAUGGUCUUCUGCUUGAUGACGGUAAUUAUGCCCGCAAUUCUAAUCACUACACCUUUAUAUUUGAAACAUACUGUGUUUGCUGAUGUGAUAUACCGAGUCGCUGAGUCCGAUGUACUUCCCAUUGAGGAUGGUAUUUCUUCGAUAUUUUGCCAGGGGCACACGCUGAAAAUGAACACAUCGUUUAAUGCGUUCCAGUUGAAAGGAACGCCGCAGUUGAGCAGUAAAAGAAAGCAUAUCAGGCUGAAAAAAUCCAUGUCAUUACCCGAUGAUACUUUGGAAUACUGGGGGUUUUAUUUACUGUCGGGGGCGCUGGUUAAGUUGAAGGUUUGUUCGAGGUUUCAGGGUUCCAGAAUUUUAGUGGUAAGGGGGGACAAAAAAUUGAGGACAUGUGGUUUGCUGGACCACAAUUUAAAGAAGAAGGGAGAUAAAUUUGACCCUGAAUAUUUACAAGUUAAUAUAACGUUCGAAAAUAAAGCUGAAAUAUUGGGGUUAGUGGAUCAUAAUGAUACAAAUACGGCCGAGGAGGAUUUGACUAUAGAAAAGACUGACAGCUACAUUAAAAAAAGGCUGGAUAAAAGUAAGAGAAAAUUCCAAGAGGUACCUGAGUCAAAACAUCACAAAAGGCACAUACACAAAAAGUUGAUUCACCAAAAAAAAGUUGAGAGGUUAAGAAAUAUUCUUGAUACAGACAGUGAUAUUCCUCGGCAAAAAAGGGGUACAGGGCCUUUUGAUGCCCAUAUUGCUCAUGGGGGGAACGCUUUUAACGUUACCAACCCUGAUGGGGGGGCUAGUAGUGUAUCAAGCUUUGAAACCGAUCUAUGGGCUUGCUAUAAUGGACAAAUUUUAGUUGCAGAAGGAUUUCCACCUUCUAAACAAUGCAAUAACAUACACUACUUAGAAAAAGGUAACCACAUGAUAACUACACACCAAGUAGCCUCAAAUGGGUACUACUACUACAUAUUUUACUCUGAUAAUGAUCUCCAAUCAAAUUCCAUUCAUGCUAUAUUCGAUAUAUACAAACCAACUUACCGAUACGCAAACACAUCAUCAAAUGAGUGUUACAAUCAAACUGAGUGCCAUUUCGACUUAAAAUUCAUGUCCGACGAAAAAAUUAUUGUGGAGGUUCCUACAAGGGAUGGUAUCGAGCAUGAAGGUGAUGAUAUAACUCUGCUAACUAGUACCUGUCACCCCCGUAUGGUUAUCUAUAUGUUUUUCCCGAUAUCCGUACUAUUUUUGAUAUUGGGCUGUGCCUUUUUGUAAUACAACAAAAUCGUGUGAUAUUCUUUGAUUACUGGUAUUUCCGAAUAUUUUAAAUGUAAAUACCUAUUAAUUCUUUAUGUAAGUUGUUAUGCAAUAAUAAUGUUGUUAAGUAUUUGUAUAGAAUAUUUUAAUUAGCCUUAGAGCAUGGCUAAGCUAUCCAUGUGUUAUAUGCUCUAAAGAAUUAGCAUGGUCACUUGAUUCUGUGACCAAGUCAGUUAAAAAAAAGUGAUUUGUGGAUUGUUAUAAAUUUCAAUUUUAAAUUAAACAUUUAAACAUGUUUAACACUCUGUACAAUAAUAUGUGUUUAUUCCUAUACCGUUUUGUUUUUAUCUAAUUUUCUAGAAUUAUAUGUUUGAUUUUGCAAUAUGAAUUAACACUUAUUGACUGAUUAUAUAAAUUUUAUAUGUAUGGAAAAUAUUAUUCUAAAAACUUGAUAGGUAUAAUUUUUAAUAUAUUC